CCAGACGAUUUCAAGUACGGCGUAUCAGUCUCUGAAAGCUCUCCAUCGAUCCGCAACGCUUUCGUUCGCAAGGUCUAUACUAUUCUUUUCUGCCAAAUACUCGCAACUUGCAUUGUCGGAGGAGCAAUUUCUCAAUCACCUUCCACCAUUCUCUGGGUUCAAACGCAUGUCUGGUCAUUCUAUGUACCCCUCUUCGGCACCCUCGUCAAUCUCGGUCUCUUGUACUGGAAGCGUCAUGCCGUUCCUUGGAACUUUGUUCUCCUUUCGACGUUCACUGUCAUGGAGGCAUUCACCCUUGGGAUUGUUGUCGCAUUCUACGACAACGUCAUUGUUCUACAAGCGUUGCUCAUCACGUUGGGUGUCUUCCUUGGUUUGACGCUAUUCACAUUCCAAUCCAAGUAUGACUUCUCCGGAAUGGGGCCGUUUUUGUUUGGUUCCCUCAUCGCUCUCUGCAUGACUGGCUUUGUGGGAAUCUUCAUCCCUUUCAGCCGCACUAUGGAUAUUAUUUUCGCCUGUGGAGGCUGCCUCAUCUUCAGUGGUUACAUCGUCUACGAUACUUACAUCAUCAACAAGAGACUCUCUCCCGACGAGUUCAUCAUGGGCGCAAUCAGCCUUUACCUCGACUUCAUAAACUUAUUCCUUAACAUUCUCCGUCUCCUCAAUGAU